AUGCGAGGAAGGCUGGGUUACUAUGAAGAAUCGAUCAUGGCUUCAGUUAGAACUCGACCAAAUAUUUUGGUGACGGGAACCCCAGGAACUGGUAAAACUGUAACGGCGAGUGAGCUGGCACAAAAGACAGGACUGAACUACAUUAAUGUGGGCGAUUUGGCGAAAGAGAAAGACUUGUAUGACGGAUGGGAUGACCAAUAUGGGUGCCAUGUGCUGCAUGAAGACAGGGUAGGUACACAAAUGGUUAAUAAUGUAUUAUACACAAAGAUUGAUGAAUUAUUGUCUACAGGACAACAGGACAGCACUUAGUCAUGCAUAAACCUUUUUUUGAUUUAGCCAGUAGAAUUUUAGACCUCUGUGGGAAGGCUACUAAUAACUUAUAUAAAAUAAGCACGGCAGUGAUAAUUUCGAACUGUUUUUCCUUGCGGGCAUCCCCUCGCCCCUCUUCACUCUUUAAGAUCUUGUUUAUUUGCUCAGAACCACCCCCCCCCCCCAUUAAUGAUUUACAAACCUUGACGAUAAAAAUACUUUCCUCCACCCCCCCCCCCCACUUUCUUGAAAGUAACUUACCAUAAUUGUCUAGUUUAUCCAUAGUUAAUGGAGGGAGACUGGUUAUGAAAGCCGGCGACCUCUACUAACUAUGGUUUAUCUAAUAUAUUUAUAGCUUACCGACAGGCAGACCACUUACCCUCUCCAUUCCCAAACUCUAUGGCUGAAGUAUUAAAUCCAUUAUGGCUCCCUCCAUUUAAGGAAAUGAACUCCCUUUCCUCACCACCUAAUCUCUUCACAGCUUUUUGAUUAUUAUGUUUUUGUUUAUUUGUUUAUUUACUUCAGGUGAUUGAUGAAUUGGAGGAUCAGAUGAGUGAAGGCGGUAACAUUGUUGAUUAUCAUGGUUGUGACUUUUUUCCAGAGAGGUGGUUUGAUAUUGUAUUUGUGUUACGAACAAACAACACAAUACUUUAUGAAAGGCUUGAAAAAAGGUAAACUUACUUCUAAACUUUAUUAGUGAUAUCAGAUUUAAGCUUCUCUGACUAUUAUUAAUUACUGUGUGCAUUAGGCCUAGCAUAAACCUAUAUAUCAGGGCAGAAUGAUUCCAUUUAAACAAUUGAAGUGUUCUCCCAGUAGAUUUCAUCCAUGUAAGAGUUCAACGUAUUUCACGUAAUUUAUAAAAUUCCAGCAGUGUGAAGGAUGUUUGCUGAUGUAGCUUUGCAUAGUAUAAAGUAUUAUUUGUCCUCGUUAUACUGUAUGGACACAAUCUUUGAAUGCAUUUUUCAUUAAACAUGCAGUUUAGUAGUGAUGAAAACUUGUAUACCACUUUUGUCACUCACUAUAAGUUGAUUCAUUGUAAAGUAAUUAACAACUGAUGUGGAAGCUAAAGCAGAAGUAGAACAAGUGAAUUGUUUUAUAAGCUAAGGCAGAUCUAUAAUUACAUUCACCUAAUUGAUAGUUAGGUAAUGCAAAGUAAAAUAUGGUAUUUUUUCCUUUUUUUUAUUAUUAUUCCUCAGGGGCUACAAAGGGAAAAAGUUAACUGAAAAUGUGGAAUGUGAAAUUUUUCAAACAAUACUUGAAGAAGCUAGGGAAAGUUACAGAAACGAAAUAGUUCAUGAACUGCAAAGUGACUCUCCUGAACAACUAGAAACAAAUCUUGAGCAAAUAGAAGCUUGGAUUCAACAGUGGUCCACCUAGCAGUAAUGGAUUGUUUUCAACUUAACUUAUUUUUUACAAUGAUAAUUUGUGGAAACACUAAGGUUUUAAAACAUUGAAGAAGACUGAAUUGAAUUAUGUUAUUGUUAAGCAUUAAAGAUGCCUAAAGGGGUGCAAUAAAGAGGUGUUACUUCAUCACAAGGCAUUACUGGACAGGCUCAACUGUGUUGGAUGAUAACAAGCAAUAUCAAGUGCUCAUCAAUGCUGUAAUAUAAUGGUCUCUUUUGGCACUCUGUGAGGAGCCAAAUGUCAUGGUCAGCCAUCAUAAUGAAAUGUGUUUUGUGUCAAUUUUGAUUUCAAACGUAGCAGAAGAGAUUCUUAAUAAAAGAAAAUAAAUGUG